CGUGCGUUCACGAUAUCAAGGAAAGCCCAGUGUUAAAUUUACCGACGUCCCUCGAAUCUUUACGAAGACAAAUUGUGGAAACGCUUGUCAUAUACUGUAGACGAUAUGAAUAUUAUACGUGAUUUACUAUUAAUAAUUUAAGACAUAAACACGAUUUAAACAAUUACCUUCAAUGAUUAACGUUGCAAUGUUGCUCGUAACCUUAAUCUUGCUUUUGUCUUUAAAGGUGUUUCUGUUUCCUAAACUACAUUUUUAUUUGCUUUCAGAUCUCGCUUUAUUUCGCCGAUGAUGACUAAUGCAAACCUAUAUCUAUUUGUUUUGAGGUCCGAAAACAUUAAUAGUUGUUUUUCACGUCGUACGCUGGUGGUCGAACCACUGCCACCUAGUGGAAGGAGGCUAACACGAGUUACAAAACACCCAUGUCGGAAGUCAUGCGUUAUGCAAACGCCAUCGUCGGCUCCUCGUUAAGCCUCUUUCCCACACUGUAAAACAUCACAGGGUCAGCGAUGAAAAGGAAAUCUUCCAAGUCAGAUGGCCUCGAGUCCAAAAAGGUUCAGAAGGCUGGUGGGGAAAAGUCUGGGGCAACUUUUUCCUCGAAAUUACGGGACAAGAAGGAUGCAGAGACACGCAAAAAAGAAUCUCCUCUCAAGUCCACAGGAAUCCAGAAUAAAGUUGCACAUGGAAGCAUACUUCACUACAUCUACAAGAACACUCUGGGACAAAGUGUUCAUACCCAGAUGAGACGGUGUCUUCAGGAACCUUUUGUGCGCUCGCUCUCUUUGUACCACUAUCACGCGUCAAAUCUUCCUUUCGACCGCAGAGUCACCUGCCUGGAGUGGCAUCCCACUCAUCCCACCACAAUGGCGGUGGGAUCCAAGGGGGGCGACAUCGAGCUGUGGGACUUUAAGCUCCACAACCAGAAGACGUUCAUCAGAGGGAACGGCGCCGGAGACUUCAUCGGAGGGAUGAAGUUUUGCCCGACGGACCUCUCCAGAGUGUAUGUGACCUCUGGUGAGGGCACACUGACCACGCAGAGCUUUGAGGGCCACGCAGCCACCGUUCUAUCCCAAACAGAAGAUUGCGGCCACGAUCACCACAAUGUAUGUUUCUGGUACUGCUGUGUGGACGUGUCGAUCAGCCGACAGAUGCUGGUGACCGGAGACAAUGUUGGAAACCUCCUGCUGCUGGGUUUGGAUGGGCAGAAGAUUUUCAGCGAAAAGCUACACAAAGCCAAAGUGACCCACGCCGAGUUCAACGCGCGCUGUGAUUGGCUGCUUGCGACGGCGUCAGUGGACCACACGGUGAAGCUUUGGGACUUGAGAAACCUAAAGGACAAGAAGAGCUUCCUUCAUGACAUGCCUCACGAGAAGGCCGUCAACUCAGCCUACUUUCACCCCUUGGACAGCUCAAAGUUGCUAACAACGGAUCAGUAUGACCAGAUCCGUGUGUAUUCAUCCUCUGAUUGGUCCAAACCUCAACACAUCAUCCGGCAUCCACACAGACAGUUUCAGCAUCUCACACCCAUCAAGGCUACAUGGCACCCUGUGUAUGACCUGAUUGUGGCGGGUCGUUACCCCGACGACAGGAUCUGCCUCGGCGACCAGAGAACGAUCGACAUCUUUGAUUCCAACACAGCAGAGCUUGUGUGUCAGCUGCACGAUCCCAACGUUGCCGGAAUCAAAUCUAUCAAUAAAUUCAAUCCAAUGGGUGAUGUUAUUGGCUCAGGAAUGGGUGUAACAGUGGUAGUUUGGGCCCGAGAUGAGUCAUUGCUCAGUGAUGAGUACACAGCGCAGGUGGAAACAUCUACAUCAGCUGAGCGCACGCAAAUAUGGAGGAGUCGUCAACAACGGGUCACCAGGACCAGGAGAACCGCUGGGGAAGAAAGCAAGCUGAAGAAGAAACUGCUUGCUGCUCAAGAAUCCAAGACAACGACCAAGACUAAAUGCACAAAGCGCACAAAAAAGCAUUGAACUGAACCUGGUGUAUGUACUUUUUUGGUAUUGUUAUGACUUAACUGUUCUAUGUUGUACUUCAGGGAAACAUGAAACAUUUUGCAGCAAUUGUUCUUUUCUACUAAAUUGUAAUAAAGUGUUGUUGUAUAAAACAGA